UCUUCUUCUUCUUACCCGACACGCUUGUCACUACCUUCUUAUUUACUCUCUGACGUGUUUUACGUGUUAACGAUUAUUGUCCGUUACAGGUGCGAGGAGCUCGAACUCGUGGAAUCGAAAAUAGAACAAAUAGAAACUCUCGAGGACAUGGAGCUGGUCAAGUAUCAAAACGAAAUCUGCAGCGAAAGCAUCACAGUUGAAGAAUUCGAAGAGAUCAGCCAUCAGGAAAUAGUGACCACGGAUUCGUUGGAGGAAUCCGACGACACGGAUAUGAAGCUUGUUCUAGAGGAGGAACAACAACAACAACAACAACAACAACAACAGGGAAAUCUUAAGAGCUUUAAAUCGAGCAGAAGGUGUACGGUGAUCUACGAAUGCGACGUGUGCAACAAGAGGAUGCGGAAGAGGCUUCAAUUCUUGAAGCACAGGCAGGAUCACGAGAGGAACGACGAGAUGGUUGAUCGUUGCGAGGAAUGCGACAAAACGUUCCCCGACGAGGAGAAGCUGAAGAAGCACAUGAUCAAAGUACAUCAGAAAGAGAAACCCUUUCAGUGCGUGCUUUGCAACAAAUGCUUCAAAACGGAAGAAUUCUUGAAGACCCAUCUGAAGCAGCACAACAAGCGGUUCACGUGCGACAUCUGCGGUAUCUCGAAGGUAUCCGGCUACGAUUUGCGAUUGCACAAGAAGAAGCACAACGAGGAGUACGUGACUCAUUGCGAGAUAUGCGGUAAAGGGUUCUAUACGAAUCAAACGUUGGAGAGACACCUGCUCACCCACACUGGGGAGAAACCGUUCGUCUGCAAGAUUUGCAACACUCCUUACGCGAGCGCCGCUUAUCUAAACACGCACAUGAAGUCUCACGGCGAGCGGGAGAAGCACAAAUGCAACGUGUGCAACUUCGAGAGCUACUGGAAGGCGGCUUUGAAGGUGCACCUCAAGAUACACACGGGGGAGAAUCUCAUCACUUGCGAGAUUUGCGGCAAGUUGGUCUCGAGCAAAGCUUAUCUGCAGAUCCAUAUGCGUAUACACUCGGGGGAGAAGCCGCAUGUGUGUGAAGUGUGCGGGAAAGCGUUCAGCGUUCGAAAAUAUCUGAUUGUACAUUUAAGAACGCACACAGGUGAAAGACCUUACGAGUGCAAGGUGUGCCAGAAAAGAUUCACGCAGCAGGGUUCGUUAAAUUCGCACAUGAAGUCGCAUCACGAAAGAAAGUGAACCUCGUGUAUAUGUGUGUGUUGUUGAGUAUGCAUGAAAAUUAGAUUAUCGUGAAGAAAUUGGUGUUCGAGGAUGAGAGAGGUGCGUGCACUCGUUCUCCUUGCAAUUAUUAGAUUUUUGAUAUAAUAGGUAGAACCUGGUAAAGAAUAUUUAUAUAAGACUUGGUCGGAGAAAAUUGAUUAGGUGUAUUGUAAAUGUUAAGAGAUUUUUAUGUAUCGGCUACUAUGGUGAAUUUUUUGCAAGAUGUUUCAUUCUACUUCAGAAAAUUCAUUGAAUAUUCAUUGUUUAUUGUAUAUAUAUUUCUAUUGUUAUAUUAAUUUUUAAAAAUGAAAUUGUUUACUUUGAUUUUUAAAAUUUCUAUUAUUAUUAAAAUUAUUAUUAUUAUUAUUAUUAUAAUUAGUGCACUCAUUUGUAUGUAUUUAUAAAAUUUAAUCCUUAAUAUUGUACUUGAAAAGAAAUUACAUUUUUUCAAUGAUUUUAGCAAUGAUAAAAUGUUACAAAAAGUUUAGCAUGGUAGCCAUCGCAGUGUUAUGAUAAAUUUUUGUAAUUGCUACUUUUUACUCAGGUUUAUCCUGUAUUUUUCAAAUCGUAUUUUUUACGAAACAAACUGAUAUUAGUAAGAUUUUUCUAACAGCUUUACACGAAUGGAAUUAUUACAUUAUAAAGCGACGUAAUAAAAUGAUCGAUAAACUGCAUUAGCAAGCAGUUUUAUAAUUAGCACAAAUUAAAUUUAAAAAUUAAUUACGAUACAAUGAAUUGCAAUGAACGAAAGAUUGAUCAUUGAAUCAAAGAGAUAGAAUAUCAGAUAAUUUUGUAGUAAGACUGCUUCUGAUUUCAAUAUCAAUAUUUAAAUAGCUCAAACAAUUUAAAAUUAUUUUUACCUUAACAAUAGAGAUAAUCUCGACAUAGAAAUAAUAAUUGUAUCUUAGAAUCUCGCGAUAUAAAAGGUGCCAUAAUAUAAAAAAUGAUUCUAAAAGGAAAAAUUAAUUUUAACAAAAUUAAA